AUGUCCCAGAAACUUGAAAACGACGACAUCAAGAGUGGCCCUGGAUGCCUCGCUUUAGACGAUGAUAUGGUCGCCUCCAGCAUCAAGAAUGGAGACAUCGCCCUCAAUCUAGCGGCUGAGCUUGAUUCUGGCUACCAAGCCUCUCCCGAAGUGGAGCGAAGAGUUCGACGGAAGAUCGACUUCAUCCUUCUGCCCCUCAUUUCGUGCACAGCUACCUUGUCUUUUCUUGAUAAGGUAUCCAACAACUAUGCUAACAACUACGGCCUUUCUACUGCCCUCAACAUGCACGGUGAGCAGUUCUCAUGGAGCGCGUCCGUCUUCUAUUUCUCCUUCCUGGUCUGGCAACCAGUUGUCUCCUAUAUGAACCAGCACUUUCCUCUAGGCAAAGUCGUCUCUAUCAACUGCAUUUGUUGGGGCCUCAUCUUGCUGGGGCAGGGCUUUGUCAAGAACUAUACUGGUUUUGUUGUUCUUCGAUUCUUCCAAGGUAUCUUCGAGGCCUGUGUCCUGCCAACUUUUUUCUUGAUGUGCCCGAUCUGGUGGACAAGGGAAGAGCAGUCCUUACGAGCGGCAUUUUUGUUCAACUCCGUCGCCGGGAUUCUCGGCGGGCUAUUUGCCUAUGGCAUCGGUCAAUGGCACCUGCAACCUGACAUCCACCUCUAUCAAUAUCUCUAUAUCACAUAUGGCGCGUUCACUACAGCGUGGGGUAUUUUGCUCCUUGUCGCCCUCCCUGACUCCCCUGUCACCGCCUGGUUCCUUAACCACGAGGAGCGACUUGCCGCUGUCGCCCGUGUCAGGCGGAACCAAACCGGCAUGGUCAACCGUAAGUUCAAAAGGGACCAAGUGCUUGAGACGAUACUUGACCCCAAAACAUGGUUCUAUAUCCUCUUCACUUUCGUCUCCAACGUUGUCAAUGGAGGUCUCAAUGCCUUCUCUACUGCUAUCAUUAAGGGAUUCGGCUUUAGCACUGUGAACACGACACUAUUGUUGGUGCCAUGGGGCUUCGUUGCUACGUUGACGAACAUAAUCAUCGGUCUCUGUAUCUCUUACACAACUGGCAAACGUCUCUUCUACAUGUCCGGCGUUAUUCUCAUCCCCAUGAUCGGAACUAUCAUCCAAUUCUCCCUCCCUCACGCCGCAAGAGGGAUAUUGCUCUUUGGAUACUACCUUACUGGUGCAUACAAUGCCCCCUAUGUCAUGCUGCUGGCCCUGGUUGGCUCUAACACAGCCGGAACGACGAAAAAGGUCGUCACAAGUGGAGUGGUUUGGACAGCCUAUUGUGCUGGCAAUAUUGCCGGACCAUUCUUCUUUCCCCAGCAGGAUGGACCGCGUUACCAUCUGGGUACCGGUGUGCUUUUAGGCAGCUUCGUUCUGCAGUGCCUCAUGGCGCUCGGAUUCCGUUUGUAUCUGCGCUGGCUCAACAAGCAGAAAGAAAGUGAGGACACGGGUUCGCAGGGCGACCAGGAGGAUAGCGCAGCACAUGCCUUUGCGGAUUUAACCGACAAGCAGAACCAGCUUUUCAGAUACACGUACUGA